AUGUUAAUUUGGACUAUCUGCACAGUUCUCUUUGCAGUAUAUGCAAGGUGUGGUACUCUAACACCUACGAACAGUUAAUCUUUACUGGCAUACUCCUCUAACAAAGGAGAAAGUACAUACUACUAGUUUUAGUUUACUCCAUAAAAUGGUAUUGGAAGUAAUGCUAGCAUAUAAGUAAUAUUCCCCAAUGAUUUUGACUAUAUAUCCUUCCCUGAUAAUCCAGAUUGCUACUUGCAAUUAGGAGCUUCUGCUUAGUUUUAAUCUGCUAAUUGCACAAUCACUAAAUAAGGCGUAGCAAAUGUUCAAGCAGGAAGCAUUCCAGUAGACCUUAUAACCAUAGUCGUAGGUUAAAUCAUAAAUCCUAAAUUUAAAGAUACUUCAAGCUAAUUUAGUGUCAGAACAUACUACAAUACAGUACCUGUUGAUAUUAAUGAUAUUUUCGGAAUAGUUUCUUUCGCAGCUUAGCCAUGUAGAACAUUUGAAUUCUUUAAUCCUAAUGUCUAUUAGAUGAGCAAUGGCAGGAUAAGUGAAGGAUCAAGUUGGGAAUUUGAUUUUAUACCUUAGAAAUCAUAUUCUUCUGGAAAUAGUUUCAGAUUCACUUUUCCUGAUGGUUUUAACUCAAAUAAAGUACUCUGUAACGUUUAGGGAUUAACUGGAAAUGACCCAAUCACAACUGUAUCUUUUAACAAAAGAAUGAUUACUUGCUAGAAUGUAAUGAACCCAAUUUAAGGAAACCAAGUUGUCAGAAUCAUCAACAUGAGAAAUCCAAAUUUUAGUGGUAUUAUGCAAGGUUUUACUAUCGAAAUUCUUUAAGGAACCUCCACUGUAGUUUUAGAAAAGAUAUAAUUCCCUGGAAAUAUAAUCAUUAGCCCUGGAUAACCUACUAUCUCUUAUGUUUCUAGUGAUCAGUUUAAGUAUUCAAACUCUACAUACAGCUUUUUUAUUAAUCUCGUAAAUCCAGUCUAUGCUGGAGACAAGCUCUACAUCAAUUUCACUAGUGAAUGGUUUUUAUUUAAUCCUAAUUGCACAGUUAUCAAUGGGUUUUAAUAAAUUGGUAACCAACCUGUCAGAUGCUCACUAAUUCCUAACUCAGAAUCUUACGUCAUUGAUAAUUUCGAUCAAAUAGAUAAAACCCAAAGACUAGUACUCUCUAUCUUUUUACAAACUCCAAAAGCAUAAAAUCUAUAUCCAGUUACAAUAGCUACUUAUAAUACAAAAAGAAGUGCUAUAGUUGACUUAAAUACAGUAACUGUUUCUAUCAAUGCUACAUAUGGAGUAGUCAAAUAAUUUGUUGCUCAUCCUUUAAAGUAGCCUUAAGUCGCUUUAGCAGGUAAAACAGGCUCAUUAGAAAUGACUUUUUUCUUGAAGACCUAUUUACCCAAUUCUGAUGUAGAUUCAUUUGGUAAAUUCAGGGUUGAUAUCUUUCCACAAAUUCCUAUUCCUCCUUCAAGCACAUAUGGACCAGUAAAAUGCUACUUCUAUGGAGAUAUACCCUCUGCUAAUGAAUGCUCAGAUACAACUCAAUCAAUUUUUGCUACAAAUGCAGAUCUAUCUAAAACAACAAUUUAUAUGUAUACUCCAAAAGAUUAUAGCUAUUAAAGAAGUGAAGUACCCAUCACAGUAACUACCACUGGUUUAGAUUAAAAUUACUACAAAGGUUUUGCUCUUGAUCCUCUUGUUUAAAGAUACUAUUUCCAUGUCCAUAUAUGGAGUAGGCAAAAUACAGGUAUAGCACUUCCUGCUGCUAAUACUCCACCAGAUAUUCCUCCUAAUGAUAACACUCCUCCUGAUGAAGUUUACUUCCAAGAAUUUAUACCUGCAUAUAGAGUUAUUGAUGGUCCCCCAGAUCCUGAUCUCACUAAAUUAACACUCCCUAAUAAGCCCACAUACCUCACUGCUCCCAAUCUUAACUUUGCUUACUACGAAACUGAAGCAAAUUAAUUUACUUAUGUUUCUGUCACUUAUACUCACUAAGACACAGCAGUUAAAAGCUAUACUAUUAGAUCUCCAUAGUCUAGAAAUUACAUAAUGCGUAUUUACUUUGUUAGCGGAUGGGCAGCUGGAUUAGGUUACACUACUCCUGGUUCUGAUAAGAUAAUUAAAAACUAUCCAUGUUUAAUCAAUGGUAAUAUCAAUUAUAAUAACCCAGCCACCCCUUAAUCAGCCUGUGACUUAUUUAUCGGAACACCAACUCCUUACCUACAAGUGAACAAUCUGUAAACAUUAAAUUUCGAUGUGGGUACUUAUGUCACAGUUAUAAUUCCAAGAGUUAAACUUGCUAACACUCCUGGAGUUGUAUGCUCUCUUAAUGUUGAAAUAGAUGAAGAAACUCCUGGAUUCAGAGAAGAUGUAGUAAUAGUUUACAAAUCUUUAGACCGAAUUCUCUUUACAAUAACCAAUCCUCCAGCUGCAUAAACUUCUGGAUUAACUUUUAGUCCUAGCACAUCAGUACUAAAUUAAAAUCCAACAUACUCUAUUACUUUUAGUCAACCUGUUACUACUAUCAAUAUGGUAACUAUUGAUUGGGAUCCUAAUUUACCCAUUUCAUUCGCUUAAGUUGACUGUUCUGGCACUUCAGGAAUUAUUACUUGUACUAAAUUUGGGGCACCUGUUUGGUAAAUUUAUGCUACUGGUAUUGGUGUUUAAUAAUCAACUGUUAAUAUAAUUUUGCCAUUAAGUACUAGCGUUAAUCCUGCUUACGAAAUGACUUUGACUUUUGUUGCUAGAUCUUAUGGUACAGAUUUCAAAUAGAAAGUUAAUAAAAUAGGUACUUUUUAUUUUCCACCUUUGGUUAUGACUACUUCUACAUUUACUUCUCUUACCACUUAACCUAACUAUUGGUUUCAAGGUUAUGUUUCAUCUCACCAAAUUACUUUCUAGCUUGUAUAGCCUGUGCCUGAUAAUUGGUAUAUAUAAUUUGACUUUCAAGGAGGUAUAACUGUUAAUAAUGAUGAAUACUUUAUUUUUUAGAAUAAUGAUAACACCGUUUUACAAGCUUUGGACUAAAGAGGUGUUUUGUUAUCAUUUUAAGGGAGUACCUUUGUUAUUUGGAAUCUUAAGGCUGUUGCAGCAACAAAGAUAGUAUCAGUUAGUCUUUCUCUUACUCUCCCUUUAACUUUGACAUGCGCUGCAGCAGUUGCAAUAAAAACUGAGUAUUAAAAUGGAUUUUCAAUGAGAAGAGUUAACUGGCUAAAUCCACCAACAAAUCAUGCUGACGGAGUUUUCUAAUUAAAUCAAUUAGCUAUGGUUGACUUUAAAGUUAUCAAUCCUAUUAAUUACUUGAUUAUACCAUAAGAAAGCUAAGUGGCUCCUUUUAACUUUAAUUUCACUCCUGAUGUUACAUUGAAGGUUGGAGACACAAUUACUCUAAGUUGGAUUAUGUAAACAGGAGCACAGAAUGGUUUCGCAUACUAAAUAAACCCUGUAACAAGCAAUCCUUACACUAUAAUUUGCUCUAUUAAUGGUGCCAAUUAUCCUUGCACUGCUAGUUCCACUUCUACAUUUUUAGUUGUAACUAUAACACUUAACUCUAGUUUGGUUGCUGGAGUUUCCUACAGCUUUUAGGUUUCAACAGAUAUUGCUAGCAAUUACAAUGGUUUAAUAUACCCAACAACUGGCGGUUAUUAUCAAUUUAAAAUUUCUACAUAUACUUUAACUCCUCCUUCUAGUGUAUAUACAUAGAAUUUCUCACAGUAUAUAUUUAUUCGCCCUAAAGACUUUACUGAUCUCACUUUCAGUUUUGCUCAUACAACAGCUUCAAGUCCUACUGUUUAUGAAAUAUCAUUUAUCUUGAAUCGUCCGGUUAAUGCUUAUUCUUAAGGUGGUAGAUUUAUAAUAUAUUUCCCCAUUUAGUCAGGUUCUAAUGCCAAUUUUGCAUCCGAUCUUGGACUUGGUUCAAGUAACCCUGGUUGCUGGUUCAAUAAUGCAUUCAGUAAAGAGUCAUCAGCCAAUAAAUUAAUGUGUGUUCUUACUCAAGCUGGAACCGCAUCUUCAAAUGCUAUUCUUAGUGAAUACAGCGCAAGACUUGAAAUAAUAAAUUUCUAGGCUUUAACUGCAGGAACAAGCUACCAAAUAAUUAUUGGUAAGAUAAAAAAUCCUGCUAUGAGCUCAAGUCCCUUCUAACUUACAUUUAUGACUUAUAACAUUAAUAACUAAUACCAAAUCACUUAUUUAAAUUCUAUGAUUUAGAAUAUUUACAUUGGAGAAACUAACGACUCACAAACUCCUUAGACAUCUACAUAAAUGAUUACAUUCAAUGGUAAAGUAUAAGAUGCUAACUAAGACUUAGUUCACUCAAUAAUUAAUUCUUAAAGUAGCAUGUAGGACAGUGAUUAUUUUGUAGCAGAAUAUCCAUCAAACUACUUUUCUUCGACGAAUAACCAAGGAGGAAAUUAAAACCAAGGAAAUAUCAAUACUUGUGAUACCUCUAAAUAUUACUACUGCAUUUCAAUGGAUGAUGUAAAAUGGGUGAUAUGGAAAAUCAAGACAACAAUUGCUCAAAAUACAGCCUAAAGCGCUAAUAUAUCCUUACUUACUAAUCCUCUGUUCAUAUCUAGGGCUGAUGUUACAUUUAAUUCUUACUUAUUUGUCUAAAAAAAGUACUAAGGACAAGUUAUUGAAAAAGUUCCUAUUGCAUCAUGGAAUAGUUUAAUUUCUACGAUAACUUCUCCUUCUAUGAAUUAAGUCAAUAGUGUGAACUACUAUAGGUAAAGCCGCUCUGCUGCCGAAAUUAUUGUAUAAUUUACAACUUCAAGAGAUCUAUAUGCCACAGGUUCUAUUGUAAUAACUUUUGAUAGUUCAUAUGUUCCAUAUGCUCAAUGUCGUUCAGAUAUUUCACUUGGAAGUAAGCUUUACUCUUCUGCAGCUAAUAACUUAGGUGAUAUAGGUUGCUAUGUCUAAGCAAACUCUUGGUAUAUUACAGGAUUUUAAGAUAUGGCUUAAGGUAGCACUGUGUAUAUUUAUGGAUUAGUUGAUAUGCCUGCAACUACUGCUUCUUUUAGUAUAACAACAUUUGGAAAUCAGCUCGAUGCUAAUAUCAUAUCAAGUGGAUAUACAAUUGAAACAAUAUCAUCUGUCCCAUCAAUUACCUUGACUACUUUUGCUAAUUUCUAAUUUGACACUACUAUGGCUUUAAUUUAAGCUUCUCCAUUGCAAGUAGGUUAUACUGGAGAUUUGAGAAUAUCAAUUAAAUCUUCAUAGUCUUUAUCAGGAACCUUUAAACUUUCUUUAGCUUAAACAAAGUUAAUUGGCAGUACAACUGUAACAGACGGGUUUUAGUCUCUUAGUUCAUUAAAAUAAUAUAUUAUUGGCUAUGCAAUAGAUUAAAGUAAUGGUAGUAUUAUUCCCUUCUAUUUCGAUAGCACAGACGUUACUAAAUAUACAGAAGCAUCUAAUUUUAUUACAGUACAGUUUACGUUAUAUCAAACUCUUACUGCGAACAAAAAUUAUAUAAUUGUAGUAACAACCUAAUAAAUGGAUGCAACAAAAACUGAUGGAAUCAUCUGGCCUUUAUAAACUGGUGUCUACAAAGUUGAGAUAUCUUUCCCAACUUAAAAAAUUUUCCAUACAGAAUUCGUUGAAGUUUAUGGUUAAAAAUUUAACACUUUGAAUUUUUAUAGCACAAAUAAUGGAGUUGGGCUAAACAAUUUGAUUUAUAUUUCAUUUACGCCUGCUGUUUAAAUUGCUACCACAGAUCAACUAAUUAUUGAAUUUAAUACACAAAGUCUUGAUUCUAUAAACCUCUUUGGUUCUGACUUAGGUUUAGGUAUGCUAAGCUAUACUUAAUUAAAUGCAGAUUUUUUAUUAGGAACUAAUGCAGGUACCUGCUCAUGCAGGUUAUACAACGGCUAUUAACCUAGUGGAGUUGCAGUAAAAGUAGUUUGCACUUAGUUUAGCUCUGUAAUAUCGACAAGUGCUUAAGCAAAAAUCUUCUUUUAAAUUGUUAAUCCUAGCUCAGUACCUGAAGAUACUUAUAUUCCAAUAUUCAUAUAUUCUAUUUACUAAACACCUACAGGCGAAUAUAAGAAAGACAAUUGGUAAAUAGUUGAAUAAUAAUUCAAUAUAAAAUCAUCUGCAGUUUCUACUUCUGGAACAACAGUAACCCCCACCAGAUCUAAUUCAGCUAUGGGUGCAUCUAAUAUAUAAAUAACUUUCUAGGUACCUGUAGCCUUUUCUUCUUCAGACAUGCUUAUUAUAAAUAUAAAUGAUUUGAAUAUUCCAACACCAUCUACAGUAGAUUAAACAAAAGUUUCUUGUACUUCAGGUACUAUGUUCUUAUUGGUAAAUAAUAAGAUUCUAGCUUGCUAGUUUAAUAGUGCAGUUACUUCUGGGUCAAACAUAAUUUUUUAGGGAUUAAUUUCAUAAUAUUAUUUUUCUAACCUUUUCACAGCUUUAUCAACAACAUAAUUAACUUUUAGUGCAUAUGCUUCUUUCCUCAGUAAUAAAUCUACUUAGUCCCUCCAAAUUAGCUGUAAUUCCAUGUCUUAAUUAACUCCUUAUUCAGCUACAGCAACAGAUAUCACAAUUCCUAAUCCGACUUUCAUCCCAACUUCAACUAUUUAUUAAUACGUUGAUGCACUUUUUGAAAUUAAUUCAAUAAAUUUAAAUUAGGUGACUUAUAUCAAAUUUACUCAUUCACUUACAGGAAUUACUCUAGAUUCAUCUAAAUCUGAAUGUUUAAUGGCUCCAAAUUCGUAAAUUGAAAUAAUCUAAUGCUACUAAGAUGGAACAUUAUUUUAUCUCACUAUUAAUCCUCCAAAUGUAGCUACUACGAAAAAGAUUUAAUUUAUUACUAGAAACAAACCAAUGUAGCUUCCUAGCUCUACAUCUACUAUUUCUUAUUAGCCAAUUGCUCAAUUUUACGAUUCAUAAAAUAAUUUGAUUUUUUAAUCAAACGUAGCGGUAUCUAAUCCUACCCUUUUUAGUCAACCAACACCUUCCGUUCCAAGUCCUAUUGCUAGUUUUACUACAUUUUCUGCUGGAGUUCUUGAUGAUAAUUCUGAAACAAGAUAUUUUGACUAAGAACCCUUUUCUUUAACAAAUACUGACUUUGGUCCAUUAGUAUUUAAAUUUUGUCCCUAAGAAAAUAUUUCAAUUGGCUAGACAAUAUCAUUUAUUUUUUCAAAUAAUCUCGUAAUAAUAAAUUCAGCUUCAUAGAUAACUGGUACAGAAAUAUAUUAAUACUCUCUUUAUUGCAAAAUUAAUGGAUUAAUUUAAACUUCUUGCACUUUUAAUACAGGUACUAUAGUAGUAACUGUAGCAUAGGCAUUAACAUAAUAUACAAACUAUAACUUUUAUAUUGACACUACAAAUUAGUAGAAUUAUCCUUCUUUACAUGGUUUUAAAUGGAAUAUGCCUAAUAACUCAGUAUAAUCCAUCAUGAAAGUUCAAAUAAAUACACCAACUUUAAAAUUUCUAUCAGAUUUGAACUUUUUUGCAAUUAACUAAGCAUACAAAGUAAAGGCCAUAACAUCUACAACCUCAAUAAAUUAUGCACAUAAAGUAGCUGGAUAAAAAAAUAUGUUAACACUAAAUUUGAAUUAUGCUGCCGUGUCUGCUCCAAGCAUGCUAAUAGUUGAAUUUGAAUCUUAUUCUUAAGCUAGUGGCACUUAGCUUUAUAAUUAAAAUACUAUGCACGGAUUAAGUGAUGGAGACCAAUUUCCAUGUUCAGGAGGUACAGGUAGCACUCCAAUAACUUGCUGGAUUCAAACUGGUUCUAUUGAUACAAACUCGAUGAUUUCAAAACCUAUAAGAAUUUUCAUAAAAGAUAUGGCUGGCACGACAGGGACUUAUUAUUUGUUUAUUGAAAACCCUUAACAAAUAAAUUAUGAUUUAAGAAUCAGGAUAAGGUCUAUUUAAGGAACUAGUAUGUUCACAUUACAAGGAACGUAUGAGGAUUAUCAGCUAUUUAGAACUGUUACUAACACAGACAAUGCCUCUCCUCAGUCCUAGACAAUUUCAGUAGAUAAACCAUACUCAGAUACCACAGCUUAAUAUACUCUUCCACUAUAAAAUACUUCAGGAAAUGUGUUGGUGUAUUCUUUAAUAUCAGUUACAGAUUGUAAUUUAAUUUACUAAAAUUCUUAGAGUGAUAUGAUGUAUUAUUAUGAUGUUUCGUCUUAAACAAUUUAUCUGAUUAGAUUCACAACAGCAGCAGUAAAUGCAGCUUCUCCAUAUAAAAUUCAAAAUAUGCAAUGUAAUCCUACAACAAUAACUUAUUAUGAAGCUUCUUCAUCUUAAACAUCUUGGAGAGUUAACACAGGAUCUUUAUCAUCAACUUCAAUUACAGGUUAAGCAGCAACCACAUAUUUUUCAAUUGUCCCUUCAUAUACAUAAUUUUUCCCUAUUAGCGGUUAUACUAAUGUCUAUGGUGUCAUCACAUUUUAAUCUUCUCAAGCUAUUUCUAUUCCAAGUGGAUUAUAAUUUUAAAUUACAUUUUAGAAUGGUAUCACAUUGAUAGCAUGCUAGGUAAGAAGGGGUUUAUAUUAAGGAAGUAAUGAUCUUUCUUAUACUAGUGAAUGCUCUGUUACAUCAGGUACACAAAUCUAAAUUACAGGAUUUACUGACUUAAAAGCAAAUUAAGGAAUAGAGAUUCUUUUAAAUUAUGAUAAUGGUUCUUCUGUAGGAAGUAAUCAAGUUAAUAUUUAGCUUAGUUCAAAUUCAUACACAUUAGCUAUAGGUAGUUUAUCAUUGUCCACUGCCUUAACAACUAAUAAUCUUGGUAACAAUUCUGUAAUAAUUUAAAGUAGACCCACUAGUAACCAAUAUUUAUUAUCAAUUUCAAUAACCCCUAAUACUAAUUUGUAUGUAGAUUCUAUUACUAAUAUUUUAAAUGUAGAUAUAACCCUGAAUAGUGAAUAUUUAACUAAUAAUUUUUUUGGAAUAUUCUAAUGCUUAUCAUAAUCUUCAGUCUCAAUCAUAUCCUAAUCUGCUAGAUAAUUUAUUUAUUAAAAUAAUUUUGUUGUUUAAAGUUCAGCUAGUAAAAUAACGUUACAAUUUACUGCUCAAGAUACUUCUGCUAGCUGGUCUAGUGGUGAUACUUUUUCUUUUACCUUAAUUCUGGACAAUUUAAAUUUAUAAUAAACAACUCCAUUCAACCAUGUGUCAUCAUAUCUUAGUGUUACAGUCAACUCUUAUACCUAGCUUGCUUCAUAGUAUACUUCUACCUUGGUAGGCAUAGUUUAAACACCAACCUUACAAUUAUAUUCCUCAGUUUCUACAAGCUCUAUUUCAGCAGAGGCUAAUUCUCUAACAGAGAUAUAAAUCACAGGUACUUUACAACAACCAAUUUCAAAUACAAAUAAUGAGUUUGUUGUCUUAUAAUUUUAUGGCUAAGCAUGGCCAGAUGAUAUCAUAUCAAAUAUAGGGUCUUCUGUUUUAAAUGCCUAAGUAGAUUGUUUGGUGUAUGUAUAAGGUAGCCUACAAACUUCUGCUAAAUGCUAUCGUCAUUAUAAGAGAACUAAUUACAAUUCUAUCUUACUUUAUGAUUCAAUAAUAUCAGUUAGAGGCUUUAGCGCACUAUCAGGUUAAUCUCUAAACAUUUACAUACCUCAAGUAGCUACUCCUACAGCAAGCCCAGUUUAGUGGAGUUUGAAGAUAAAUAAAUUUUCAGAUGCUACUUUAAACGUUAGUGUAUCUCAAAGUACAGGUGCUUUGACUGAAGAUUUAGUUACUAGUUUUUAAGGAACUGUAGGAUCUGUACUUCCUUAAUCAGCUAUGACGAUCUCCAAUUUAAAUGCUUUUAAAGUAGGCAGUUCAACUCCUGCUAUUACCUUAAAUGGAAAUUUCCAAGUAGGAGACUAUAUUUAUAUAGUAAUGGUAAAAUAGAGUAGUACUUCAAAUGUACUUGAUAGUACUACUCUUUGUGUAGGACCAUCAGCUUAUUUAAAUUGCAGGGUUUAUGGAAGUGUAUAAAACAUUUUUGUUUUUAAUUUUUUGACUGCUUAAACUAAUUUUGCUGUGUCAUUAUUAACUACAACUUUGAAUAUGAUAUCUUAUACAUAAUUCAAUAACAAUUAUGAAUUCAGUUAUUUUUAUUACAAUAGCUUUAAGUAAAUUAAUAAUUCACCUACUUACCAAUUCAAAUCUGUCAGCUUUACUACUUAAAACAAAAUUACCUCCAAAACUUAUGCUUUGUUCCCUAUUACAAAAUAUUUAACUACUUAUUUCUAUUUCACAAUAAUAGCUCCAUAGGAUUUUACAUCUAAUGCAUAAAUACAAAUUACAAUUUCUUCAUCAAACUUAGCAAUAAGUUCUUGUAGAGGAUAUUACCAAGCCUCAUAUACAAACAGAAACUCAUUUAAAUGUUCUGUUUCUUCUUAUACUAUUGCAGUCUUUAUCACCUAAUAAAUUUCUUCGGGUUAAUCAAUUAAUUUUCUAGUUUCUGGUAUUGUUUAGGACACAAAUAAUUUAGUAUUCUCAGUUAACUAUUACAACUCAUAUAGUAGCUCUACAUAAUAUACUUAAAUAGGAAUUGAUAGUAUAACUAUAAAUAACACAGGUAAUAAUUUAAGUCCAAAUUAAGCUACAGUUAACUGUUUUUAAAUACUCUCUUUCUAUCCAAUUAAUUUAGUUAAUUCAUUAUCACCAUCGACUUAUGCUCCAGUUCGUGUAAAGUUCUCAUCUGCAACUGAUAUAAACUCUUCAUUUAAUUCAUUAAUUGUUUAUUUUUUUACAAAUAAUGAAUUUACUGAUUAGCAAUACGCUGCUGGUAUAACCACUUAAAAUGCUUUUUGUACUUAUAAAUAAAUAAAUUCUGAUGGAACAUUUUCUUUCUUAUCAACAUAAAUUUGUACAAUGACAUACUCAAAUCCUUUGACUUAUGUCACUGCUUCAUAACCGCUUCUCGGAACUUAGACUGAUUCUAAAUUUAAUUAGAAUACAGAAUAUGAGCUUAUAAUAAGCUCUUAAAUUAGAACAAAUAACCCUGGGCUUUCAAUAGUCUCAAUUUCAUCUAAUUUGUAAAUUUUGACAGGUUUGCUAAUAAAUUUCUCAGCUACUCUAUAUGGAGAAUUCACAACACCCUUCAUAGCACAACAAUACACUUCCUAGAUAUAAAACUUAUAUUAUACUUCAAAGUCAUAAGGAAGUCUUUCUAGCAUUUACUUAUCAAUAAACACUUUAACAACAGCAGCUUAUCCAUCUGAAUACAUGGAAAUAGUUAUACCUGAUCAUGCCUCAAGUGCUUUUAUAGCUCUUAGCUCAUAAGGUAAAUAGUUGCCUUGCGAUUUGUAAUAAGCAACUUCACCGCUUGUACUAUAACCUUUCUGUGUAGUAAAUAAAAGAGGUAAUGAUAUAGUUAUAAAAAUACUUUCAGUAUCUGCACUCUCAGCAGGUACAAUUUCAAUUGCAAUAGAUGAUAUUACUCUUUAUACUCCUUCAAAUUUAUACAACUUCUAGUUAAUAUUUAAUAGCGUUGCAUAUGAUACAACCUCAGUUUCGAACUAACCUCGUUUCUAUAAUAAGAAUAGAAAGGUUAUAUAUUACUUAUUUUAAAUUGGAGCCACUGCUACUCCAACUGCUUCAACUCCUACGAUGAAUUUAUAUAAUAAUUAAUUUGGUAGCUCAAAUGCAUAUCUUCAGUUCACUUAAAAUAUAGCUAACAUAUUAGUUAAUAAUGUUAUCGAUAAGGUUUAAAUAAGACUAUAAAAUGGAAUGUUUGUUUUACCUUAAAAUCAAAUAAGCUUAACAAAUCAAGCUAAUUUUUGUGAAUUAAAUACGAAUUAAUUCCUACCUCUGUGGGUUAAUAGAAAAACAUAAACAUUCUAUGGCUAAAAAAAUACAGAUUCUAAUAUCUAGCCAUCUAUAAGAAAUUUAAAAGUCCCUAAUGUAAAUUAUAAAAAUAAAUUUUCAACUUCUCCUUCAGUAGUUUACUCUUGGUACGUUGGAAAUGUUAAUACUUAAGUAUGGAAUGCAUAAAUAUAAAGUUCAUUAGAUACAAAUAAUUUUAAUCAAGUGGCCACAAGCUUUUCUAUCGUUACUGACACAUUAAAUACUUUGAUAACAAAUGGAAGCACUUCUUGGUUAACUAUAACAUUAAACAUAAAUACAGCUUCAACUGAUUUUAAUACAAUUAAUAAUGCCAAUGUCAUGUAAAUUAUACUUACUGCAUAAUCAGGAAUAAAUAAUUUCUUAGAAUGUUUAUAUAUUCUAAAUACCGGUGUUACUUUUUAAACUCUUCCCUGUGAAGUUUCAUCAUAAACAUCUUUAAAAAUUUCAUUUGAUUCAUCAAUAACUAUAAGUUAAGCUUGGAAAAUUUAUGUGCGUGCUAUUGUAUCUUCUAAUAGCUUCAAGUACGGAUUUUAAUUAUACUAGUAUGCAGACAAUAGUGCUACUUCUUUAUCUAAUACUGUAUGGUCAUUCACAAGCUCCUCUACUAAUAUACUUACUAGCGGUGCUUAUGAUUCUAGUUUUACUCUUUUCACUUAAGUUGCUGCUUCAAUUUAGAAAUACUUUAAUAACUAUUAUGAAAGAUAAAUUUAAAACAUAGUCCCUGGAUUUGCAAAUUUAAAAGAAGGUAACUUCCAAUUCUUGCCAGAUUAAAUUAUAACUUCUGGAACCCCUAUAACUUUUGCUUUCUAAAAUUAUCCCAAUCCUAUAAUUGAUCCUCAAUCUAAAACAUUAUUCUGUGUUAUCUAGAAACAGAUAUCUUAGUAUUCAUAUGGAUUUGGUAGAAAAGCAGAUUGUACUCAUUCAAGUGGUACAUUUACAAUUACAACUCCACAAAAUAAUAUUCAAGCUAACACGAUUCUAAUUACAGCGAGACUAGAUAUUAGUUAAUCAGGAAUGUUCAACACUGUAUACUCAUCUCCUUAGAGAUAAGAAAUUUAGAUUUCUUACAACUCAAAAAUCAAUUCAGAAGUUCUUAAUUUAAAAAAUCCUUUUUACAAAAUUACCUACACUUAAUAUUCAAACACUUAAUUACAAUGGGAUUAUCUUGAAUUAAAUCUUAGCUUGAAAGAUGGUCUUUCUGCUGGAAGUGCUACUCAAGAAUCAAUAAUCUAUAUAGAAUUCCCUUCAGGAGUAUAUCCUUAUGAUAUUGGUCUAAAAUCUCUAUAUGCAUUAGACUCUGUAACUUUUUAGAAUGGUUAAUAACAUGACUUUAAAGGUACAUCAGGAUUGUCUUCAGCAUUUUCUAAUGCUCUCUAUGGAUACACAUCUAAAUCAUAAGGUUUUAAGUUUGCUAUAUCUGGUUUUUCUACUCUCUCUUAAUAGAAUAAUAUGCUUAUUAAGAUUCCUCUUAUCUAAAAUGGUGCUGCCAAUACAUAAAUUAUGCUAAAAAUUAGCACCCAAGUAUGGAGUUCUUCUAAUUAAAAAUAUCCUAUAACUUAUAAUGAAAUUACAAUAAUUAAGAACACUAUAUUCACUAACCCAAUAGUUAGUACAUGUAAUUACGUAGCUGCUCCUACAGCCAAUGGUUCUAUUUAAUAAAGUGGUUCUUCUAUUUCUAUUCGCUUAUAAGUAAACUAAGUUGGAGCUAUAUCAAAUACAAAUGGUAUUCUCAUAUUCAAACCAACUAAAACCUUAAAUGGAUAUAAUUUGAAUAGCUGGUCUUCUGCAUCUUUUUCAGGAGUUAGUGUAUCAAAUAAAGAUUAAUACUCAUAGACUUAAGUAGUAGUUUUGAAAUUUUCUAGCUCAACUGCAGCCAACUUAGACAUGACUGCCAAUGGAUUUACAUCAAGUGAUGAAUAGCUUAAGUUCCAAUUUUCCUUUAUGACUGCUGCAUCUAACUCAGCUACUUUAAGCUACUGCGAUCUGUCAGCAACAUAAUCAUAGUUUAAUUACUAUUCUUCACCCUUAGGUUCUAAUUCAGUGACUGUGCUUGAUCCAACUUCUAACAACAAGAAUAGCUACAGUAUUGUUAACUUAACUUUCAAUGUUAGAAAAUUACCUGCUGGCUCUAUAAUAACUAUAUCAGUGGGUACUUAAGGUAUUUUAAAUAAUCAUUUUAUUCAUGCUAUUUACUGUUCUGGAACUGCUCUUAGUACUUAAACCAAUAAAGAUAUAUCCGUUAAUCCAACAAAUAACGAUAGUUAAUUAAUUAUUACAGGAUUUAAUUAAGUAGCAAGUGGAUCAUAGAUAGUAAUACUUUUAGGUCUUAAAACAUAAUAUACACCUUCAGGAACUUAUGUUUUCAAUUACAUGUCAGUUGGACCUAACGGAGGAAAGAUUGAAAUAUUUGAUAUUGGGUCAAUUGUUAUUAAUAAUCAAUAGCCUAUAAGGGCGUUCAGUACAAAUUUCUAAUUUAAUCAGUAUGUAGGACCUGGCUAAUGGGGGCCUAUAAUGAUCUAGUAUAAAUUAAGAAAUACUGAUGUUAAUUAUGCAAAUAGCAAUUCUAAACUAUUAUUAACAGUCCCAUCAGGAUUUACACUUGCCACAGGUGGAGUUCAAAAUAUUAGAUAUUAGCAAACAAACACACUAUUUUGGACAAAUGCUAUAUUCUCUUAAUUGUCUUCAAAUCCUAUAAAUAUUAAACCCCCUAAUACGCCAUUUGAUAUGAUUCACAACAUAGAAUACAAUAUGCUAGUAGAAACCAAAAUGUCAGCAAGUAAUAAUAAUGGUUGGUAAUAUCCUAGCACCUAUGGAUAUUAUCAGUUUAUAUUACAAGUUUUUAAUCAAGUAUCUAGUUUACCAUAAGAAAUUGGCUAUGAUUACUUCUUGGUAGCACCUUAACCUGACCAGAAUCUUCUCUUAUUUUAGCCCUUGCAUAGAUAGUCAGGUCACAUGAAUGUUUUCAGAUUCUAAUGGAGAUUAGCUGUAUCUGCUGUUACUGGAGAUGAAAUAUGGAUUGAAUUCUAAACUAAUAAUGGUAACUAUAAUGAUAAUGGAGCAUUCCUAAACUUUUAAAAAUCAUUUGCUAAUGAUUUAGGUACUGGAACUCCGAAUAAAAUUUUAGAUUGUGUAGAAGGAGCUAACGCAAAUAUUAUAUCAAAUUCUAAAUUAUUUUGUGAUGUACUUUAUCCUGGUGAUGACACUCAAACUCCUCCUAAUGAAGUACCUGCAAUAGUAAGAAUCAAAAUAACAAACAAUAUUGCUUAGAACUAGGUUGUUGAAUUCUUUGUAGGUGGAGUGAAAAAUCCUCUUUAUGAUAAUAGAAGAUCAGUUGUUAAAGUAAGUUUAAGAAAAACAGCAACUUAAAGUGGGUUUACUUAUGCAAGAAAAGUACCAUAUUAGAUAAGUCCAGGAGAGUUUACUACAACUGCUCCUACAUCAUUUUUUAAUGCUGCUUCACCAACUCCAGAAAUUAAUUAUCUUCCCUCACAGCCGAUAGAUUUAAUAAACAAUUAUUAAACAUCGUUUUCUGCUAGCGGUCAUGUUUGGGAUACUGCUCAGACACAUACUUGGAGAGUUUAUUCACCAAUAACUAUGUAAAAUGGAGAUUGGAUUUUAGUAAUCUAUACUCUUGCUAACAACUCUUAAAUGUCUUAAACUUGUGGACCUGUUUCAUAAUGUUAUGUUUUCCCUUCACUUGGAUGGGUAAUUUGGUAGAUUUAAGGUGUUACUGUCCCAUCUAAUUACAACACCUUUUCGCUUACCAAUAUGAAUAAUGCUCUUUAUAGAUACAAUGGUAAUUUUUAAGUUGAACAUUGGAAAAGCACGGGAUUGCUAUUGACCGCAUAUGCUACAAGUGGCCUCACUUAUAAUUUUGAUUCAACAGGUAUUACUAUUUAGAUCCGCCCAACACUCACCCCUCAAGAUGUGAAUAUUUAAAAAUAUUGGCUUACAGAUUUUUGGAAUAUUGCUUAGUUUAAUAUAACUGGUAUAUGGAAAUAUAAAAAUAUAAGAUCAUUUUGGGUUUAUAAACCUACUGCACUUGCGUAUUUUGAUGUAGCUAAAAAAUAUUGUAAUGCUACUAUUUCAAUUCCAAAUAACUAAAGAAAGCCUUACCCAUGGCGUAUGAAUUGCUAAAUUUAUGAUUAAAAUAGAUUAUACUUUGAAACAACAACAGAUAUAGAUAUAACUUUAGAUUUAUCUUCCUAUGUAAUUUCACUUUUUGCAGAUAUAUUUAUAGCAGAAUUUACUCCAUCAGGUCUCACUGAUCCAUUUAUCAUCUAUAGUAGUGUAUUGCCUAUAACAUCAGACAAUCAAAACUAUGGUGUAACAUAGAUUACUAUCAGUAUAAAUGUUUCACCCUAUAUAUAACCAGAUUUGAGAUAGAUAACUUUUAAUUAAGUUCCUUUUAUGGAUAGUAUAGCAAGAGCUGGUGAUUUAGUAGAAUUUUACAUGCUUUUGUAACCAAUGACUCCACUUUCUUAAAAUAGAAUAGACACGAUGGUGUUUAGGAUUCCUAAUGAAUUUAAUUAUCCUGCUAUUAAGAGUUUAGAUUAGUGCACUAUAAUAGGAAAAACAUCAACUCCUGUCUCACAGUGCAAUUUGUAAAGAAGUUAUGGUUAUACCUACGUAACUGUUAUACCUGAUGUUACUUAUGAUAAUUCAGUUAAGAUUAUUAGCUUAUCAGAUUCUAACAUCGCAUAGUUAUUUUAGACUCCUUCACUUCCUGGAAAUUAAUAUAACAUUACAGUCUUCCUUUAUGCAAAUAAUGUUUUGCUUGAACAUCAAACAAUUAAUAUUACUAGAAUAUUAGGUUAUGCUUGGACAGUUAACAGUGUCAAAAUGAUAAAUCAUAUUGACGCUCUUUACAACAACUUAUACUAUUUCUAAGCUUAAUUGGGUUCACAAAAUAUUCAACCAGGUUAUGAUACUCCUGCUGCUACUAUGUAUACUUCGCUGGAAUAUACAUUUGAUAAUAAUGUAAAUUAAUUCUUACAAGAUCUUGGAACUGGUCUUUAAACUGGGUCCCAAAUACCUUGCCUUGGAGGACCUACUCUUACUACUUACGUAUAAAAAAAACUUACUUGCAUUUUAACUGUCGGAACAGGUCCUUAAAAUCCUCCUACAAUCAAUGUAUUUGGAUAUGAUUUAAUUCCUGCUGGAACUGUAAUAAGUAUGUACUUCCCAACUAUUCAAAAUUUAGAUGUUAGUCUAAAAGCAAACACAUACACUGGUGUACGUAUUUACUAUAAAUGGAUUAACUACAGUGCCAUCUUCUAUGAGCCAUAUUCUGUUCAAACAGCUCCAGCUACUGCAUUGAAUAGUUUAAGUCCAAGUAUAACUACUGCAACUACUACAUCAAAUAAUUAGGUUGGUUAAACAAGAGAUUAUACUUUCAGUUUUUCCUUGAGUGGCAACCUUGCUACUACAGACUACUUAAUUUUUAAUUUCCCAUAGUAUUAUUUUGAUUAAAAUGCUGAUUAUUCUUCUGUUAGCUGUACUGGAUACAAAGUAUUGAUCUUUAGAGUUUCUAAUCAGAUAUUCUUAUAACCGUAGACUUAGUAAUCAGGAACAGUUUCUGUGGUUAUUUAAGGAUUAAUCAACCCUUCGUACAGCUAAAAUAUAGCAGUCACAAUUUAAGGCUUCUAAUUUUCAGGGUUGAAAAUGAUUAAAUAAAUAAAUUAUUAAAUUAACUAAAACCUUAAUUCUCCAAUUUUACCUUGCAACAAAUUUACUACUGCUUUUGUAGUUUCAGAUUCUAUUAUUGGGGGAUAAAAUGGAGCUACUCUCACUGUUACAUUUGUUACAGGACAUUAUAUUCCCCCUACUACUGGAGCACUCAGUGUAUUCUUACCUGUUGGUUACCCUUACAACUUAUACGAUAUGCAAACUCAAUGUGUAUUAGUGGGAUUUGACAAAAAUGCGUAGUGUUCAAUCGGUUCUGCAACUCGUAUGGAUAUUUUCUUAAAUGGAAAUACACUCAACCCAACUUUAUAAUACUAAAUUAUUAUGAAAAAUAUCAACACCUUCGUAGCUCCUACAUCUCCUUACAAUAUGAUAAUUUAAUCUUAUUUCAAUAGCAACAUUUACUUGUAAUAAAUAAUAUGCUAAUAGACAAUCCCCUAUCCAUCAUUCAGCUCAAAUUAAAUGGGAAGUUGUUCUUUAAUAGUAAAUUCAUCAGUUCUAAAUGUCAAUACAUAAUCAAUUUACUCCUUCUUGUUUUAAUGCUAAAAUAUAGUUAGAAAUAAUACAAUUAUUGAAAUAGUUCUCCCUGUUUAAUACUAAGUUACAAACAGGCUCGGAUCUAAUUUAAAAUGCUUUAGUAACCAGCCCUCUACUCUUGGCUCUUCAUCUUGUACUUUUGUUUAAAGUAAUUUGUAAUAUGUUAUUAGAGCAAAUGUUUAAUCAAUUGAAUCUUAAAACCUCUUCUCAGUUUCAGUUUACAUUAAUAACCCUAAACAAAUAAUAUAAAAUGGUUAUACUUUUUCUGCAAAUUUCUACAGUUACUCUAUUCUUUAUGCUUAAGCCAACAUGUAAAAUUCUCCUAUUAUCUUAAAACCAUAGGUAGUCCCAGUUACCCCUAACCAGUUAACUUAAGCGGCAUUAACUAACAUCCCUAAAAAUGCAGGUUAAUCGUCUACUUAUGUCUUCACUAUUCCACCUUCAGUUUAACUAAGCUCUAUAACUGAAGUGGAUUCAGUUCAGAUUUAAUUCCCUAUCUUAGAUAAUCUCUUUGCUUCUACCUUAGGUACCAAUUUAGAAUGUGGUGUAUAUUUAUCUUAGGUUUAUGAUGUGACUUUCUUGACCUAUGUUGGGUUGCUAUAGAUGACUAAUGGCAGAAAUAGCACAUCUUAUUCAUAUACAAAGCUUACAUGUAAAUUGAUAGCUGAUUAUACCUUAUAUAUAGACACAUCUAAAGUAGUUUAUCCAAUUUAGUCACCACCAAGCCUUUUAAAAAAUAUUAAUGCUGUUUGGUAGUACUGGAUUAUUAGAAAUGUAUAUAAUCCACUAGAAUAUAAUCCCGCUGGCUAAUUUUAAAUUACAUAUUUCUUAGGCAGCACUAUCUAAUGGUAAUUGAUGAAGAAUCUUGUUUAUUAUAUUACUCAAGCUCCACAAUAUAUGAAAGUUUCAAAUGCAACUGCUCUAGAUAAUAAUAUUAGGAUGUAAACAUAAUAUCUAUUUGAUUUGUAUACUUAGUAUCCACUUCCAGGAGAUCCAGUAGUUGGCAUCAGCUUAAUACUUCCCCCCAUAUACAAAACAGUUGCUUCUCUCUAUACUAGCCCUCUUAAUAACUGUUAAAUACUAUAAAAGUAGAAUUAAAAUUACCUAUAGACUCUCUAUUGUGAUAUUUAUAACCUAGAAGUUUUAGCUUAAAAGGCAGAGUUGAUAUCACUUAACUCAACUCAAAAUAUUAGUCUUGUGUUUAAUUAGUUAAUCAAUCCAAAUUUAUAAUAUUCUUGCUAAGCAAAUGACAUUAAUUAAUUCAAAUUCAAAAUUUUUGAUUGGAACUCUGGUGAUAUCUUGUUCGUUACUUCUCCCUCAAUUGAUGAUAAAAAUUGUAUUUCUUUUGUAAAGAAUUAUUUCAGCAUAGACAUUUCUGGGCCUCUAGUUGUUAAUCCAGGUUUGUCUUAUAAAUAUACCAUCACUCUUGAAAAACCUGCUGAUAGCCUCUUGAUAAUUCCUAAUUCUCCUACAGGUUCUAUUUUAUUCGAUCCUUAAGUUAUUGACAUGAGUAACUUUGUCUCCUCUUAAGCAACUUUUACAAUUAAGUAUCGUUCUGAUUUACUACCUUCAAACUAUGUAGUAACAUUUAGUAUGCAACAAAAUCAGUAAAACUAAACUUAAACGUUAGUUCUACCUCCUACCUUCUACCUUCCUAUUCUACCCCUAAAUAUUAAUGUAGUAAAUGUUGACAGUUCGACAUAACCUACAAUAAAAGUAGAAAAUCUUUCUGCAGACUCUAUAGGUUAUCCUAUUCGUGUACCUGUUACUCUUUCUGCAGCUCCUGCAAGCGCUCUUUAUCUCUCUAUUAAUGUGGUUGAAAGUGUUUAUAAUUCUAUGAUCAUUAUCAAUCCCCCUCUUCUGCAAAUCAAUCCAGGUGUAACUUCUACCUACUUUACAAUUUAAAUUAACACUGCUACCGUCCCAUAACUUCAUGCUACUCUUAGUUUCUCUUUAACAUCUUAUUACACAAUAGUCCAUCAACUGAUAUAUACAGUUAAGUAUAUUUCAUUCUCAUUGAAUUCAAGUUACUCAAAGAGUUAUUCAGUUUUGACAAUUUUAGAGAGUUUUAGAUAUUUUGAUACUGCUUCUAGCCAAGUUGGUUAGGCUAUUGUAAGCACUACAAUUUAGACAAAGCAAAAUUAUCAAACACUUUAAUAGCUUUCUCCAAAGGUUAUGCAAUUUACACUAGUAUCAGCAGCAGCUAACUCAGCAACAUUUGCUAUUUAUUCUUCUUAAGUCUCUACAAUAUCUUAUGUUUAUUCCUUAUAUGGAUAUCCAAGCCCAAACAAUGUAUAGUAGAUUCAAUAAAAAACUUAUUAAUAUGCUUUAGGCUAUGGCGAAUUACCUAUUUCAAAAGUUAUAGCACCUUCUUCUGUGCUAGAUCAUUUUAUCUAAUUCACUAUCAGCUCUCUCUAAGGUUAAACAAAUUAUCAGAUUUUCUACUAUGUCUGGAACCAAUUUGGUUAGUCCUCAAUUUAAUCUUUGGCCUUUAAGACUGCACACAUUUCUUAUGGAUCAAUAAUUCAAAUUCCACUGACAACUGUAACUCCUAUUUCAGAUAUAAUAAUUGCUCUUUCGAAAGUACUUCAAAUAAGUUAAUCACGUUUAAUUUGCACUACUGAUUUAAAAAAAAUAUAGCAAAAUUAAGAUUCCUUCAACCCUGAUAUUAUGCUUAAAUCUUCAAUAUACUACAGUUUUGUAAUUGCUCCAAAUGCAGCAGAUGACUCAGUAAAGACCUCUACAUUAGUAAAUCUACUACAAAACGAUGUGAGAACUAGAACUUAUCUUGAUACUUUAUUACCCCAAUUCGAUAUUUAUUCUAAAAUCUAAAGCUAAUAGAUUAUUACCUCUAUCCCUAAAGUAGAUAUAGCUCCUUAUCCAGUUAAAAUUAAUUAUAAUAAUGCCACGUUUAGCUUAAGACUAUGGGACUAAGGUUUUGUGUACGCAGUUGUUAUAGAGGAAGUAGAUGUUACAUAAAACAAUCCUCCUGUCUCUAUUUAAAUUUUCAAAGGAGUAGAUUAAUUUAAUAAACCUAUUUCUAACUACAAAGUUUACUAAGGAUAAACAGACUCUCUUGGCUACGUAAAUAUUUUUGUAGAUGAUUUGACAGAUGGAACAUAUUACUAGCUUUUCAUUACAAUUAGUAGUUAACUACCAUAUCAGCCUUUGAACUUAUUAGAUGACUCAAAUAUUAUAGUAGUUCCAUUCUAAACGCCUUUUAAUCUAAACAUUGGAGAUUUCGACGAAAAGAUUCAGGCAGUUCAAUAAGUUAAUCCACAAUUAGCAGAAGCACUUUAUAGAUUCUUAUAUUGA